AUGGUUCUCACCCCAUAUCAUGACGCCUUGGUCAUAUCGCUCACUGUAGCGAACUGCCUGGUGAAAAAGAUACUGGAAGAUAAUGGAAGCUCCGGCUACAUCAUCUUCCAUGCCGCAUACAAGGAUCUGGGGCUGGAGGAAAGCGCUCUAACUCGGAGGAUAACCCCUCUCAUAGGGUUCAGCGGAGAAGUCAAGCAGACCACCGAAGAGGUGACCCUCCCGGUGUACGCUGAAGGGAUCAACAUGUCAACCAAGUUCAUUGUUGUUUACUGCGAUUCAUCCUACAAUAUGAUCAUGGGACGGCCUUGGAUUCACGGCAUGGGAGCCGUCCCUUCGACUCUUCACCAGAUGGUGAAAUUUCCUACGCCCUGGGGCAUAAGGGCAAUCAGAAGGGAUCAAGAGUAUUUCCUCUCCUGCUACCAGACUACUUUGAAAGGAAAGACCGAGGAACCGGAGGUCGAAGACAUGGACGACGUGCCAUUGAUCGAAGGGGACCAUACCCAACAUCUCAAGGUCGGUUCCAAGCUGACCGAAGGACUAAAGAACAUGCUCGGGAUCGAUCCAGAGGUCAUCAUGCACAAGCUGCAAGUGGAUCCCCUGCACCAACCCAUCAGACAAAACAGGAGGAAGUUUGCCCCCGAAAGGGAUGCAAUCAUCAACAACGAAGUCAAAAGCCUGCUCGGCGCAGGGUUCAUUCGUGAGGUACAGUAA